AUGGAUCGCGACCUUUCAAGUAAAAACGACACGACCGAUUCCUCCGCCUUGAACGUUGAAUCCAUGGACAUUCAAAGUGGUCCACACAAUGAUUCCAAUGUCGCAGAGCCUUCAGUGUUCGAAGAAAUUAUGUCAGAAGACUCUUCUACGGAUGAGGAGGAUAUUGUAGAAAAAUUACUAGUGACCGCUUCACAUAAUGUGGUGGACAAUGAAGUAGAAAACGGGUCACCUCAAAGUAGCAGCAGCACUAACGAUGGCGAAAUGGACGAGAUAAUUUUGUCCAUGAUUUAUUUCAAUGGCCAUUUGGGCGCAGCAUAUUACGAUUUCGCAUCCAUGGAGCUUUACGUAAUGGACGAUGUAGACGACAGCAAUUACAAUCUCGACGUAACGAAAACAUUGUAUAGACAAUGCGAUCCGCAAUACGUAUUGGUAGUGUCGAGUGCGCCCGAAAAGUUCCUCGGUGUCGUAAAAGAUUUAAUUAUGAAAAAUCAGGACGAAAUGCAAGAUAACACGUCCACUUCGUCACGAUCUUCGAGGAGUCCAGUAUUUCAAGUACAGCAGUACAGAGAAAACACCUUUGAAACUUGUUACGCCAGAGUUAUGUGUUUAAAGCUGAUUAACGAGCCUAAAAAUGCGAGUGUCCAGGAGAGAACAACCUUCCUAAAUUCGGUGCUAAAUUUCGAGAGCUCCUCGAUGAUUUACGCGCUAGGAUUGCUCUUAAGAUAUAUCGACAGAAAUUGGAAUACCAUCACAUUAAAAGCCUAUGAGGAAGUGUAUUAUGCACGUAUAAAUUAUAUUUCACUGAAGAUGAUGAAGCAUCCAACAAAGGAUGUAAACAAGUUAAAAGAAAGACACGAUGUUAUUGAAUUUUUCGCAAAAAAUCAAGAAGUCGCUAAAAAUGUGCGAUCCUGCUUGACUUUCAUUCAGCGUCCAUCAACCAUCAUAAUCAAUCGAUACUCUGCCUCUCAAGCAAAAAUUUCCGACUGGCAGAAACUGUACAAGACUAUUAGUUAUGUAAUAAGCGUUGCCAAUUUAUGUUCAAGAUGUGACAAUAAGCCGGUUCUAUUUGAAACGAUUGUUAGCAGUGUCACCAAAGAAAUGCGAUACAUUCAUUAUUUCAUCGAGUACAUAAUAGAUUUCGAAGGAAGCAAAGUAGAAAACAGAGUGACUGUCAAACCAGGCGUCGAUCCAAAGUUAGAUGAACUAAAUCACCAAAGAAGAAUUCUGCCUCAGAUUAUGACGGAAAUGAGUCGGAAGGAAUUUAACCAGUUGUCUAGCAUUGUUGCCGCCUGUCGUAUGAUGUACUUUCCGGAUAUUUGUUUCGUACUUGCCAUAACCGAAUGGAACGGCGAGGCACCUGACGAUAACGAAGUACCAGGAUUGGAAUUCAAAUUUACGAUCAACAAUAUACGCUACUACAAAAGUGCAAUUGCUAGAGAAUUAGACGAUAAUAUUGGCGAUAUACUCUUGAAAAUUGCAAACCAAGAAAAUAAGGUGAUGAUAAGUCUAAUCCGGUUUAUUAAUAAGUAUAUGCAUUCGAUCCUCGACGCUGUUAAUCUUUGCGCCGAAUUGGACGCGAUCUUAUCUCUUUACAUGAUCGCGGAAUGGGCUGACUACGUGAGACCGACCAUGGUGGAAACGCAGACCCUGAUCAUAAAGGGAGGACGACAUCCGAUGUUGGAACACAAUGGAUCGUUUGUCGCAAAUGACACCUUCUCCGGCGAAGGUCAUGGCCGCGUUAAGAUAUUAACAGCACCGAAUUCAAGUGGCAAGACUGUUUACCUCAAACAGAUCGCGCUUAUCGUAUAUAUGGCACAUAUCGGUAGUUACGUGCCAGCAGAAUCCGCGACCAUCGGCGUCAUCUCGCACGUUCUGUCGCGCGUUUCGUCUUUCCAAAGCGUCGUUAUUAAUACCAGUCAUUUUAUGGCCGAUUUGCGACAAGUUAACGUCACUCUACGUACAUCGACACCUAACUCUUUGAUCAUUUUGGACGAGUUUGGGCAGGGCACUCACGAGAGCGAUGGUCUUACUUUGCUAGCUGCGGUUCUGAAAGAAUUCAUAGAAAGAGGUUCCAAGUGUCCUCACGUAUUCGUCUCCACUCAUUUGCAUUCGAUCACGCAGCUUAUACCGGAGGAUCCUAUAGUCGAGAAACUGGUGAGUCGGUCGACCCUGCGGUGUGCAUCGGACACCAAGCAAUCUUCUGGAAAUAUAAAAUGCAGCUUCGCCCACAGCGUGCUAGAAAAAAUCGUGGGUGCAGAUUCUCCGGUCGUUAAACGUUCCAAGCAGGUGCUCGAGUGCGCGAAGCAAGGUACGGUCCCACCACCCGACGAAACGUGCGCAAAGAACAUCCUAAAAAGCAUUUAUCAACUUCUGAUUUCACCCGAUUCGGAAGUCACCAAAGUCCAGAUAAAGGCCCUUGUGGAUCAAGGAUUAGCGAUGUACGAGAACGAACAUUCGAACACCGAGUGA